AGAUGUCUGCUCCCAUUAGCAGGUGCCCGUCAAGUCCACUCGCGAACUAAUUUCAGGCCUACUAACCAGAAGCAGAUGCCUGUGGUCAGUGGUUCUUGGAUUUAGCAACAACUGGACAAAAUGCACCUUCUAGAAAAAACUACAAGAUGUCUACACGUAUUGGAAAUCCACGCAAAAAACGGAGGGUUUAUGUUAACCGUGAACCACCUUUUCCUGUUCCCAUAGCAACUAUUUCAGGGGAGACUGCCAAUGACAAAACAUGGUUUUACUACACAGGAGAGCUCCAUGGUAACCAUGUGGCAGUCAAACAUUCAGGGGAUAUUGAUUUCUUAUACAAGAUGGGUUUCUUUGGAAAAGGCUCUUUGUCCAAAAGUAAACCAGAUUUUACCUCGCGUUCAAAGUCUGUGGACAUUCAAAACGUGUCAGGGGAGACAACUACGGUUAAACUGACAAAAAGAAGAAGUUACAUCCGUCACAUGAAGUGGAGAAAGUUGGAAAAACAAUAUGCUGGUAGUGAAAUAUCCGCCAAUGACCUUGUAGAAUAUGACAGUUCUGUGGAAGUCGAGACCCUAGACGAAAAGAUGAGCACCAAAAUUACAGUUCUUGAUUCUCAAGAUGAUAAGGAAAUCGAUCAACAUCCCAGUCCACACAGGACACUUCCUGCAGGGCCAACUGUAGCUGCAACCUGGGAAGACACUGAUGAGGAUUUCUGGGCAUCUCCUGCAGAGAAUCGUAAGAAAAAUUUCCAAACCACUGAAAUGGGAGACUGGGCAGAAACAGAUGAAGAUUUCUGGGGGUGUGCUUCUUCAAGUGAAGGAAAACCUAUUGAUAAUGAAAACACUGUUAAAGUUGGAAGUGACAUUAGAAGUUCCCCAUUCAAAAAAGAAGGUGUAGAUGUUGAUGUUGUAAUGAUGAAGACUGAAAGUAGAUUACAUGACAAUAAUAAACCAGUGGAAAGUGAAAGCAGAUUAUGUGACAAUAAUAAAUCAGUGGAAAAUGAAAGUAGAUUAUGUGAUGGUGGUAAUAAUGUAAGACUGGAAAGUGAAAGUAUAAGUACAAAACCUGGUAUAAAUGAGUUCAAUGAAAACCAUUCUGACCCUUUACCAUUAGAUAGGCGGAAACAGAUAGAUGAAAAUAAUUUUAGAAAUGGAACUCGAGAAUCAAAUGAUCAAUCUAAUAUGAAUAAUCAAGGAUUUGAUGGACAAGUUUUUACAUCAUCUCAUGAUGACCAAGAAACAUCAGAAAUAUUGGAAACGAAUCGUCCGCUAGAUCGACUUUGUGAGGAAGAAGAGGAUGAAGGAGAUGAGCUUGUCAUUGAAGACUCGGACAGCGAGACUGAAGGGCGAUAUAGAAAAAUCUCAGGACGGAAAUGGCUUCCAGUGUUAAAGAAAGAUGCUUACCCAAUGAAGGAAUUCCUUCAUCUCAGCCUUGAGGAGGCUUUCUUCCUCAGCUUUGGUUUGGGCUGCCUUAUUGUGACAGACAACGAGAAGACACUAGAUCUACAAUCGCUGUGGACGAGGUUCUGUGAAACUCAACAAGACUUCCUUCCCAACUAUGUUGUAUACCACUACUUCAGGAGUCUGGGAUGGGUGCCAAAGUCGGGGCUCAAGUUUGGCACCGACUUUAUUCUCUACAAAGUUGGUCCGCCAUUUUAUCACGGUAGCUAUUCUGUAGUAGUCAAGAUGAUCGAUGAAGAGGAAAUGCACGUCGUACCAGAGGUAGCAGGGGUCAAAGGUCGUGACUUUUCCUGGAUCUCUUUAGCAGGACUUAAUCGAAUCACAGAACAUGUUGCGAAGGAACUGAUGCUAUGCUAUGUCAUUAAACCGAAGGGCCUCACAAUGGAGGAGAUGAAAUCUCCUAGAUGUCUAUCCAAGUUUAAAGUACAGCAAAUAGCAGUCAACAGGUGGAUCCCAUCACAAGAACGACAAGAGAAGGUGGUAGAAGAAAUGCCUUAACAUGUUCACACUAAUAAGAUACUUGAAAGUACUAACUAUAUUUUAUAGAAUAAAAACAUAUAUAUGCAAA